AUGUCCACUCUUAUCAAGUCUGCCAAAUCAAUUGCACCUUUGUUGGACCGUGUGUUGGUUCAAAGAGUCAAAGCCGAAGCUAAGACAGCCUCCGGUUUGUACUUGCCCGAGAAAAAUGUUCAAAAAUUGAAUCAGGCAACGGUUUUGGCCGUGGGUCCUGGCUUCACCGACGCUAACGGAACCAAAGUUGUUCCUCAAGUAGCAGUCGGCGACAGCGUGCUGAUCCCUCAAUUUGGUGGUUCCAGCAUCAAACUAAAGGAUGACGAAGAAGUUGUUUUGUUCCGCGACAGUGAAAUCCUAGCCAAGCUCAACGAAUAA